UAGAACCAUACCCGGAAGUUGCUCUGAUUGAUUUGAGUUUUGUUGUCAAAGUUGGUGCUUCGCGGCUCGGUGCCGAUUUCUCCUCACAUUGCGAACUUUAGUCCAGAUGGCUGACAGUGAGGAUGUGACUGUGAAUGGCUCUGCUGAUAACCAGGCAGUGCUGUCAGGUAAGAAAUCGGGACGGGCUUCUCUGCUGGACAGCGGAGAAGACUUUGAAAUGCUGGAAGAUGUGGACGAUGACAUUGAUGAUGACCUCCCGCCUUUAGAAGAUGCAGGUGGAGGAAAGAAGAAACAGAGUGCUGCUAAUGACUCUAUUAAAGCAGAUACUGUUGUGGACCAAACUCCUCCUACAGAACAAGAAGAGUGGCUGGAUGUUUUAGGAAAUGGACAGCUUAGAAAGAAGGUUCUUGAACCUGGAGCCGGUGCAGACAGCAGACCACAGAGAGGCCAGAAUGUCACUAUUCAUCUCAAAACCUCUCUCACUGAUGGAACGGUGGUAGAAGAACAGCAAAACUUAUCUUUCACUCUUUGUGACGGGGAUGUUAUUCAGGCACUGGAUCUCACUGUGCAACUGAUGGAAACCGGUGAAAAGGCCUUGAUUGAAGCUGUUGCUAAAUACGCAUUUGGUGGUCUUGGAAGCUCUACUCCUGCUGUUCCUCCUAAUGCUGAUCUCACCCUGGAGGUGCAGCUGUUGUCGGCUGCUGAUGCCCCUGACCUGGAGCUUAUGCCCCCUUCUGAGAGAAUCAGUCUGGCCAACAGAAAGAGAGAGCGAGGAAAUGUCCACUAUCAGCGUGGGGACUAUGCCUUUGCUGUCAAUUCAUAUGGAAUCGCACUACAGAUUACUGAAGCAAGUUCUAGAGUGGACAUCAGUCAACAAGAAGAGGAAGAACUGUUGGACAUGAAGGUGAAAUGUCUCAACAACAUGGCUGCCGCUCAACUUAAGUUAGACCACUAUGAAGCCGUGCUGCGUUCCUGCGUCUCUGUCCUGGCACACCAGCCGGACAAUGUCAAAGCCCUGUUCCGCAAAGGCAAGGUACUUGCUGUGCAGGGCGAGUAUGCUGAAGCUAUUAGAACUCUGAAAGGGGCCUUGAAGUUGGAGCCAAGUAACAAGACCAUCCACGCUGAGCUGUCGAAGCUUGUGAAGAAGCACUCUGAGCAGAAAGGAGCCGAGCAGGCCAUGUAUAAAAAGAUGCUGGGCAACACGUCGAACACCAGUGCGCAAAAACACUGUGCCAGAUCCUCAUGGAGUCUCAGCUGGAAGUGGCUAUUUGGGGCUACGGCCGUUGCGAUUGGUGGUGUGGCCUUGUCUGUCGUCAUCGCAGCUAGAAAUUAACAGAAGUCCCUGUGACAAGAUCGAUCAUGUGGGUGCCAAAUAAGAUCUUGAGCACGCGCCCUGAGACACCUUACAGACCUAUAAAGUUAAAAGUGAAUUGGUUCCAAGUUCUGUUGGCCUUCAUCGCAGUCUAGAGGUUUUAAAUGGUGUUCAUCUCUUUUUUCUUUCGGUGCAUGAAAGGUUAGCUGGGGAGAGAGAGAUGUGUGAAAUCUUAUAUUAUUCCUAAUUAUGUACAGAGAAGUUCCUAGUUAAUAUUAAGAAAUGUAUCUAUGUACAGUGUAAAGUGGUUGCUGGACACAGUUAUGUUUUGCUGCAAAAUGUCCAGUGCUUCUCUCAGAGUGAAAAUUACAGACCUCGCUAUGUAAUGUUCUGUGAUCUUAUUUUGGGGAACUGAAACUUGCUAGAGAACACAGUUAAGAAUUUGAUUUGUAUGCUUUUUCUUUUGCAAGGCAUAUUUAUUUUCUGAUGCAAAAGAAACUGAACACUAUAUCAAGCUUCCGCAUACUGAUUAAGUACUUUGCUGUUUUUUAUAUAUAUAUAUAUAUAUAUAGUUUCAUCUGGACUGCCACAGAUGCAUUUAAAAUGGGAAAUCUGCUGCUUUGCCUCUUUAAUAUUUGAGAGAACUUUGCAUAUUUUCAUAACCACUGAAAUGUUCCAAAAAGGCAGUGUUGACCUAUAAACGUUAUAUUUCACAGCUUCAACAAAAACAGUGCGCAUUUAAUUUGAUUUAUUUAUUUAGAAUGAACACGUCUACUGUAAUUAUUAUUAGUAUUAUUUUCUAUUUAUCCUUAUGUUGAUUGUCUCAGUUCCCAUUCAUAUUUGUGUUAGUCCUGGAAACUUCCAACAUUCCCUUUAAAGUUGUUUUGUAUAUCCCAAGAUAAACUUUUGCACCUUCAGUGACAAUAAAGUUAUUUCUUAAAAUGAUUUUGAAGCUGUCAGGACUUAUCUUAAAUAUUACAAUGGCAACUAGUUUUGCAUUUCCUUAAGGAAAUAUCAGUGCUUGCGUGACUUCAGAAGAAUAGUUUUCUGCGUAAAUACAAUUGCGUAGAUGCAGCAUCAAGAUAGAUAUCAACAAUAAAAUGUGCUGUAAACAAUUUUAAGAGUUCUAGAACUUCAUGUAGCAGAAUGGCGUUCUCAAAUCUGCUGCCAAUGUAUUUAUUUAUUUUCACAUUUUACAGAGGCAAGCGCUGUCACAGAGACAGGUGUGACAUUUUAUUGCACCGGUUUCAUUGAUAUCUUUCAGGGAACUGGGACAUUUUCUGCUUGUCAUUUCAUAAAAAUAAAAUAAUAAAAAAAAAAAUCGCUUACAGCACCUCUAAAUAUGUGUUAGAAGGAAGACCAGUUGGAAUUCACGUGUGCAUAAAUUACGCUAAUUAUUGUCAUCGUUGUCAGUAAGGAGGAGGUUUGGGAGAUUUUCAUACGUCAUUCUUACAUUUAUUAAAAAGUAUAAAGUUUACAAAACAGGUGCGCAGGGUUAGAGAACAACACCUAAUCAAAAAUUUGAGGAAUAGACUACGUGUUGCUCACUGCCAUAAUACA